AUGUGUGGCUUCCUGAUAACCUCCAGAAUCUCACUGAGAGUUUAUACUGUUCUCACAUCUCCAGAGUUCCCACCGUCAAAUCAGUCACAGAGCUGUGAGCUUCCUCCUCCAGACCUGGUUUUGCUUUUGAGGAAGAAUGUUCUACCCAACAUGGACGAGGCAGAAAAGUACCAGCAGAGAGUGCAGGCUAUAGAGGACAAGCGACGUAAGCAGCAGGACGACGAGAAAGCAAGGAGGGAGAUGGAGGAGGGGUGGCUGACGCAGGCCCAGCGCAAGCGGAAGUCCUUGAGGGACCAGUGGCUGAGCGAGAACCCCCAGCCUGUCCCUGGGCGCAGCGCUGAGAACUACACAGAGGAGUUGCCAACUGAAGAGGAUAUAGUGGAGGUCAUUGAAUCCACAAGCUACACAGUCACCAAUGCCCAGAACCACAGCCAGAGUGACAUUGAAGAGGGUGGGAUACAAGACAUCAUCAGAGCUGCUGGGGGUCAGCUCCCUGGGCCAGUAAUGGAGAGGGUUCUGCAUGAGAAUGGACUGGAAGGUCGAUCAGUGCUGGGGAUGGUUACAGUGCAGGUGGAGAGGGAUUCAAAGACAGGGGUCACCAAGAUCAGGUCUGUGGUGCCCGUGUCUGGAGCACCCAGGGCCUUGGGGGAGACGGUGUUCAAUGACAGCAGGAAGAGCGUCCACCACGUCGGCGGGGCAGAAGGGCAGCCUUCUGCUGAGGAGCUGGGACAGCUCCUUAGUGUCAUCAACGAUGUCGGGAUGCAAGUGCUGCUGGAUGAGAUCCCAGUUGUACCACAACAGAAGGCAGAGGAGAAGAUAGAGGUUGGUGGUGGGAUGGAAGAGGAGGUGGACAAUGUGGAGGACCCUGCCGCACCUACAACCCUGGGCUACACUGAGGAAGAGGUUGAGGUUGUGGAGCAUGAGGAUGAUGAGAUGGACGAGGAGGUAGAAAUAGGAGUGGUGGAAAUUGUGGAGGGCCCUACCCGACUGACCGACCUGGGCUACGCUGAGGAAAAGGUUGAGGAUCUGGGCUGUGAGGAUGAUGAGAUGGACAAGGAGACAGGAGUAGGUCAGGUAGACCUUGUGGAGGGCACUGUCACACUGACCUUCCUGGGCUACACUGAGGUAAAGUCAGAGAGGGAGGGUCUGGGCCAUGAGGAUGAUAGAGAGUUGGUGGAGGUGGAGCGGGUGAUCAUUUCUGACGCGGGUGAGGAGGAGAUUGUUCUCCAGUCUCCUGUUCUUGGGUCUGAGACUGAACCCUUUCUGGGCUACACUGAGCAAAAGGUUGAGGCUGUGGGGCAUGAGGAUGAUGAGGAGGACGUGAGUGGAUUGGUUGUCUUUGUGGAGGGCCCUGUCCCACCUGUCAUCCUGGGCUACACUCGGGAAGAGGUUGAGGAUCUGGGACAUGAGGAUGAUCCCCCCAGACCAACCCCACGCUACAGAGCCGAGGAAACAGGAAAGAGGGCAUCCAAACACAAUACCAAGUGCUGCUCUAUCAUGUGAUUCUGCACACCCCAUUUCUCUUAGCUAUGCCACUCAUGAUGAAUGGGCUGUAUGCUUGGCCUAAAUCUACAACAUUGUCUAAAUUGCACAGGAUGUGCUCCAGCGUGCCUUUGCUCCUCAUCUAAAAUGUCACUGGUAUCCUCUGAGACUACAGUCCCACAUGGCUUGUGUCAAGGAGUGUUUACUGUUAUCCUCCUCUCUUCAAACAGCUCUGUGAACAGACUCCAGUGUGACUGUUACAAAGCCCUUCUGCCUCCUGCUGGACACAGUUCAGUAAUGCAACUAGGUUUUACUGCCAGAAUCCCAGCAGCACUCAUCUCACACUCCUCUGGAUUGGUUGUAUCAGCCAAAAAAAGUACUCAGCACUAUGUCCCCUAGGAAUGAAGACUAUGAAGAAUAGAUGAAGAAUACAACAACCACUGAUCUGUUCCUUUUUGGAAAUAGAUUUUUAAAUAUUAAUCUUAGAAAUGCCCGAUGUGCCUUUUUCAAUGGCACCUCUUUUGUUCAAAUCAAAUCAAAUGUAUUUAUAUAGCCCUUCUUACAUCAGCUGAUAUCUCAAAGUGCUGUACAGAAACCCAGCCUAAAACCCCAAACAGCAAGCAAUGCAGGUGUAGAAGCACUUUUAGAGUCUCCUCAUCAGUAAUACAAAUGUUAUGGUUAUGAAUAUGAUAUUGUAUUCCGUCAUUGACCAAAACAGUCUGUUAAAGAAGGGUUGGUUGCCAUUACAUCUAUUCAGUGCGAUUUGUAUUUGUAAGUGUGUUUGGUAGUUGAAUUUUGAUUUAGCCAUGUCUGUUAAUGAAGGUGGAUAAAAACUGGAAUGUGUGUGUGAUUAUCAAAACAAAAUAUAUUUCAUAUU